GAUGAGAGCUUUGGCCCUCCGCCUGUUCCUCUACCACGCACCCCACGUCUACGGCAACUACGUCACCAUUCGUCGUACCGCUCAUCCGUCUCCAACCCAGUUCCAUUACGUUGUUCCGUUUUGUUCAGUCAACCUACCCUCCAAACAUCGUUUAAUUCUGAUAUUAUCGCCCGCAUCCUCUCUGGAGAUUAGAGCCCUCGACCCAAAUUGAAGGUUCGUCGAAAACUGCAAGCAUGAUGAGAAAUUCAGCUUCGGUGAUCCGCCCGAGUCUUCGGUUUGCGAGUCGCCACCACUUUGUCCCCUCCUCGCAGCUGGCACGUCCAGUUGGCCGGCGAGGCUACGCAAGCCUUCAAGAGCGAGUUGGGAAAUCUCCGGACACGCCGUGGCAGAUUGCAGCCGUGGCAGUCACGAUUCCAGGUCUUCUGUAUCUUCGGAACAGCGGUGGCACUGCCCAGCCCAGGCAUGGAGAACCAUAUGUGAAACGUUUAGAGCCUGCCCAUGAGAAAGAGCCUGUCCAUGAGAAAGUAUCCCAGUCCGCGGCCAAUGUCACAUCGGUGGCGAAGGCCAAAAUUGAGGAGGCUCAAGAGGGUAUUCAAAAGACGGUUAGCCCCAUCCUGGACAGCGCGAGCAGCAGCAGCAGCGAGUCUGAGGGGGAGGCGGCCUCGUCGAGCCCGGCUUCCGCACAAAGCACGCAAACCCAGAUGGACGACUCUCCGGAAAGUCAAGCCCAAAAGCUAACUGACAAGCAACCUUCGCAACGGGUUGAUCCCACAGAGAAGUAAGAAGGCCAAAACCGUGAGGGAAUCAGAGUAUUUCCUGGAAAGGGGGGAAAAGAACACGGCA